UCAAAAGCACAUGUUUUCACGGUCGCCGUCUUGUUUUGGUCUCUUGGGUCUGUGCUGUUCGGUGUUCUAGCUCAAUCUCGCGAUUAUUAUUAUAGUUAGUUGAUGAAAGGUCAUCACCAAAAUGAAGGACAAUACGCCUCCGAUGUCCCCCUAUGACCUGAACAGUGAGGACGCAGAAGAUGAGCUUAUCUUCGUCGGCGAUGCAGAUGAAGUUCUGGAGCAAUGGGAAAAUGAAGCCAACGAAAACGACGAAGACUUUGAUGGUGAUGAUGGGUUUGCUGACGACGAGCAUGAUUCCGAAGAUGUGUACAUUCCGGAACGUGACGACGCGUUAGUUACGUUUGACAAGCACACCGGUCCGGUAUUUUGUGGGUCUUUACAUCCCUCAGAGGAUUUGGCCGUAACCGGAGGAGAAGAUGACCGGGCUCUCGUGUGGAACAUUAAAAGCGGUGACGUAGUAUUUGUUGCUCCCGGACAUACGGAUUCGGUGGUAGCAUGUGAAUUUAGCUACGACGGCACGUUCCUAGCAACCGGGGACAUGUCUGGACAGAUUCAGGUUUUUAAAACUACACAAGACUACAAGAAAAUUUGGGAUUUUGCAAUGGGUGAUAUGUGCUGGAUGAAAUGGCACUUUGGGGCGCAUGUUUUGAUGGCUGGUGCAGAAACCGGGGAGAUUUAUGUUUGGCGUAUACCCUCCGGUGAUUGCAAAGUCCUGCAAGGUUUCGGAGCAAAGUGUGAGGUUGCGAGACUUACUCAUGAUGGCAAAAGGAUUGCUGCUGGAUACGGGAAUGGUGCCAUUAAAAUAUGGGACAUAAAAGCUAAUGCUCCGUGUUUGGAUGUAGCACCGAACGAAGCUACCGGACAUACAAGCAACAUCACCUGUAUGUCACUGGAUCGAGACAGUCAGCUGAUAGUAACAGGAAGCGAGGAAGGCAAGGCAGCUAUAAUGGGACCAUCAGGAUUGGUAGGAUUACUGCAACCUGACGAUGGACCAGUCGAAGCGGUAGUAAUUGAUCAUCCAGAUUUUGAGGUGAAAGUAGCGGCGACCGGGACGUUAAACGGCAAAGUUACCAUUUGGGAUGUAAUCAGGCAAACAGCACGGGUUGAGUGUGAAGACUCCUAUCGGACGGGUAUAACCAGGUUGCUUUGGGGGAAAGACUGCAGCUUAAUUGGCGGUACACUGGGUGGAAUUAUAAAAGUUUGGGAUCUGCGGAGCGGAUCGCUAAAGUAUGAAUUGCUUGGUCAUCGAAACGAUAUUCAAGAUAUUCGCUACGAUAAGUCUAGAAAUUUGCUACUUUCAGCUUCAGAGGACGGAACGGCAAAAGUUUUCCAACUGCAUUAGAGGUAGUUUAAAGUCUGUGUAGAAUUGAAAUGUAAUAAAUUUACUAUUGUUCGUAGUAAUUAUUUUUAUAAAAA